ACUACAAUAAUUGUUGCAAAUUACUAAACGAACAUUAAAACAGAAAUCACAAUUUGUUAUUUUACGAACGAUCGGAAAGGAAUAUGGUUUUACCGUUCGAGAAGCAACCUGUCUUGCACAAACGAUACGAAUUCUACACGCCCUCGUCAAAAGUAGGCGAUCCUAACGCCGAGGACUAUGUCAACUUUUUGAAGAAUAUGUCGAGUAAUCAAAGUCCUGAUGAAAAAAACAGUGGACAACUCGAAACAUCUCUAAGGUCUGUAAAAGCAAAGGUUGACACAGGACUGGGUGGACAAAGCUCAAACAAAAUAAAAGGAGAUGUUGCACCAUUACCAAAAGGAACUGGCGUUCAAGCUGUCACCCAAAUUGCAGCCACAAAUAAGAAGGAAUUGGACAGGAAGAUGAAAGUUAUUCAGGAUAAUCUCCUCCAACGUAAACAGGAGGAGAGAAAAUUGAAAAGGAUCGAAGGAGAUAUUGUGAAAAAGCAAAGAUUACUACGACGUGUUAUGGCGAAUUAUGACAAUGAUGUUUUUGAUAAGAAGAAAGUAGAAGAGAUGAAAUUGCAGGGAAGCAUCAAGGAAAUGGAGGAUGCCAAACAUCAAUAUCUUGUAGAAGAAUUUUUGGAUUCAAAGUCAAAAAGGAAGAAAAGUCUUUCAGAAGCUUUAGACAACAGACAGCUAACAAGAAAAGAUUUAUUAAUGAAAAAUGACCUGGUAUUUCAGUAUGAGAAAACUGCAAAGGAGUUGGAGUUGAAACGAAACGAAGUUGUGAACUUAACGAAGGAAUACGAACAGAAAGUGAGAUUGAAAGAGCUGGAAGAGUAUAAUCUGACAAAAAGAUUAGCAGAACUGGCAAUAGCCACUACCAUGGAAGAUCACAAGAGAAAAACAAUGGAAACCAAUUUUAAAACGCUCAAAAAAGACGCGAAAAUCGUUGAAAGAGAGGAAACUUUGCAACGGCGGGAAUCAUUGGAAGAUAAACUAAACCUUGGACGAUAUCACGAGAGGAGAUUUGUUGGAAGUAAGAGAAGAUUGAGUCAAGAUAGAGAUGAAACGAAUGACAAAUUGUCGUUGAAAAUACGAGAAGAGGGCAGGAAGAUGACGGACAUCAGUCGUUCGUUGCAAAACAAUUCGACUGCACAGAAGAACUCACGUAUCUAUGCGGACUAUUUGGAUCGCCAGGAACAAGGAAAAAACAUUGAAUUGAAACAAAAGAUGGCAGAGGGGAAAAGAACAACGAUCUUGGAGCAAUUUUCAAGAGAACGAAAGGACAAAAAUCGCACGAGGAUGACACGAACGCAGGAUCGUUGCGUGGACACGGAGACAGAUACUCGGAAACUGUCGUAUAGCGACGCCAUUAGGCAUUUACAGAAAAGUGUAUCGAAGCAAGAAGAGAUGGAGCAUGCGCUGUACAAUCAGGUGAGAUCUUCAGAAACCAAUUACAAAAAGCAAGAACAGCAAUGUCAACGCCUUCAAGAGAAUCUCACUACACUUAAAAGAGAAAAUGCCAAGCGAUUAAAGGAACUAGAACUGGAGUGUAAGUCCAGAGAGACGUCUUUAAAACAGAAUCUUGCUCGGGAACAGGCGACGUUACAGAAGGCUCGUGCUAAUCGAGAGGAAGGCAUUCAAAGUUUAGUGAAGCUGCGAGACUUGUUGCGCGAGGAUAAACACCGUUUGAAUGAAGACGAGAGGGAACAUCAUCGUUUAGCAAGGUUGGAAUAUUCAACGAGACAGCAGGAAAUAUCGUGAAUGGAAAGAGUGUGGGUCAGCUAGAAAUCGAUGAUCAAUCUUCCCUUCUGGUUUCCUGUUCCGGGCGUAUUGAGAGAUACUUGGCAGACACAAAUAACCCCGGAAAGCCCGGACAACCUAAUUAUCGCAAAAAAAUUUCAGCAAUGCCGUUUAAAAUGUCGAAACACUAUCGAAUAACGAGUUUUGAAGUUUGUCUUGAAGUAAAUUGCAAAAGUGAUUAAGUGAACCCAAGCUUAGUUUUUGAGGACUAAUAUUAUGAUAACAGCAGGUUGGCGUUUAGCUUUGUCCCAGAAUUUGCUGAAUGCUAACUCAGUGAAUCUGUCCUCUCAGAAUUGUGCCAAGCAUUGCUCCAGAACAUCUGUGAUUUGUAUCCGUUUAUUAA